UCAUUAAAAAUAACUAUUUACAAUGCUAGUAACCAAAUAAAUAUUCACAUUUAGAUGUCGCGUCGGGAAUUGGUAGCACUGAUUACUACGUAUUGAAUGGUGUCGCCGCGAAGCGGACAAUUCUUUCAGUUUUCCAUAAGUCGUAAAUAUGGCUCUGACUGUAGCAAAGAAAACCAAAGGCUCAAGUAGCAAAAAGCAAGCCCUUCGUGGCAAGGGCCAAAAGAAGAAAGUGUCGCUCAAGUUUACGAUCGACUGCACACAUCCUGUGGAGGAUAAUAUUAUGGAUGUAGCUAAUUUUGAAAAAUACCUUCAAGAAAGAAUAAAAGUUAGCGGGAAAACAAACAAUUUUGGAAACAAUGUUACCAUUGAACGUAACAAAAUGAAACUUUCUGUUAACAGUGAUAUUGAUUUUUCUAAACGAUAUCUCAAAUACUUGACAAAGAAAUAUUUGAAGAAGAAUAAAUUGCGUGAUUGGUUACGUGUAGUGUCACAAGAUAAAGAGACCUAUGAGUUACGAUACUUCCAGAUUAACAGUCAGGAAGACGAUGACGAGGAGGACGCGGAGUAAAAUUUUAUUUUACAAACUAUUACAGAAAAAUCUGUACAUAUUUCUAAAAAUAAAAUCGUAAAAAAAUUCUAAGUUUUAAAUAAAUUAGAAUAUACAUAUACAUUAGUCAUUAAUAAACUUAGAUUUAAAAAGGUUCAAGAAAUUAUAUUAGCAUAAAUCAAAUUAGAUAAAUUUUAUUUUUAAAUUUAUAACCAAAAUGUUAUAAAGAAAACAUUUUAUAUAUAUGCAUAUAUUAUAUUGCAACAUCUUUGAGGAAAUCCGGAAAGGACGAAUACUGUAAACUAUGUAUAUAUGUGAGUAGAAACUUAUAAAACCGUGUGUGUCACGUGA